CAUUGCUUCGUAGAGGACUGAACUUUUAAAACCGCAGAGAAAGUAGUCUGAAAAAUAUUGUGCAUCUUGAGAAGUAAUUUAACGAAAGCUGAAAAAUUGGACAAGCUGUGAUUUAAGCGAUCGGAAAAAUUUGAACAAUACAGGCACCUUUUAAAAGAAAAAAAUCAAGACUGAUAAAACGCAAUACCGAAUUUAAAUACGCGUUUUUGUAAUAUUCGCCAAGAUGAUCAUGGAAACAGUCCCAAGCAAUCUUGUUCAGACAGAUCCAACCAAGUACACGAACACGAAUGGAGGCGGCAUUCCGCCAGAGAAGUCUUCCUGCAUGAUGGAGAACGGCGGCGGGAUUCCAGGGAUGACCGCCCUCAGCACGGACAACCACCCGUCCCCGUCCUACUCAGACGACUGUCACGACUCCACCAAGAGCCCAGACGACAUUGAUAUGAGUAGCCACAGCACCGAGCUAGAUGCCAUGAGCGGUUACGGCGGCGGGUCCACUCUGUCGCAGCAGAAGCGCCGUUUCGCAGACGUGAAGCCCCCGUAUUCGUACAUCGCUUUGAUCACUAUGGCCUUGGAGAGCUCCAGUGCGGGCAUGAUGACUUUGAAUGAGAUCUACGCCUUCAUCAUGAACAGAUUCCCCUACUUCAGGGAAAACCAGCAAAGAUGGCAAAAUUCUAUCAGGCACAAUUUAUCUCUGAACGAUUGUUUUGUAAAGAUCCCGCGCGCACCAGGGCGCCCAGGGAAAGGGAACUACUGGGCGCUGCACCCGGCAGCCGGAGACAUGUUCAGCAAUGGAAGUUUUCUACGCCGCGCGAAGAGAUUUAAGCUUCCCAAGUCUUUCAGGCCGAACGAAGCUCAGAUCCAGCACGUUAAUUCGUACGGUCACUUCAGCCUGUACGGAACCGCACCAAGCGCAUACAAAUCACCAUACCCGUCCCUGAAUCCUCUGACCGCUGCUCUGCCGUCAUUUCCACAGGGACUGGCCCAGCCACAGUACGGCCUAGGAACGAAACCAGAGGCAUGGAGCCCAAAUACAUCCACCCCCGGGUACACGUCCCCAUACUAUCCCUCAGCAGCCAACAUGAACGUGAAUAUGAAUAUGAACAGUUCUCCAUAUUUUGGCGGAAUGACCAACGUAGCGUCUGCUAACGCUCCCUUGCCAAGCUACGCAGCUUCUCUUCAACAUCAGUCAGCUUACUCGGCGUCUUCGCAAUAUUCCAACCAGUUAAGGCAUUUCCAGGCUGGGCAAACAGUUUAGACCUUUUCAACAAAGCGGACUGAACAUUUAAUUUAUAUCUGUUUAAGAUUUUCAACAAAGCUUCUAAAUCAAACUGUAGAGAAGAUAGAGUGAAGAAUGUAAGAUAUGUGAUAAAAACCAAAGAAUCUCAGUAUUUCACGAAGAUAAUUAACGUGUAUUCACUUUUUAGUGGUUAUAAAUAGAUAAUUGCAAACGGAUCAGCCCUACAUAGUACACAUGGGAGAUAAAUUUCUGAAUGAUGUGAAUAUUCUUUUUAUGCCAAAGUCAAUUAUUAGCGCGCGAUGCCUUCGUUUUUUUAUUAUUAUUGUAAUUUAAUUUUUCUCAUUUUUUUAAAUUUAAUUUUGUCAUUUAAUUUUUUAUUACGCGCAUUACGAGUUUAUUUUUCACCACCAGUUUUGUCUCUGAGUAUUGUUCCUAGAACAUGGUAGUCACGGUAGUAUUUUGUUAUUGGACUUUUUUAAGUGUUGUUUUGUAAAUCAAAUGAUCAAUUCGUGUUCUGAGAACAUCUGUAUACAUUCCAUUCCGUUUAUCAAUAUUGUUUUUAAUAAUUUUUGUCAAGGCAAAAAAAGCGCGUAUAAUUACAUUAUUUCUUUAUGCUAUAAGAGAGGGGCGAUUGAAAUCAUUCGUUAAAGUAGACUUUUUUUAGAUCUAUUAAAUCAUUUAAUGAAGAACAAGGUCUCAUCGAAAGAAGUUUGCAAUAUGUUUUAUGAUCAAAACGAGAAUUUGCUGUACGUAUUUGUGUCAAUCGAAACAUCAUUAAUUGUUGUAAUCACAUGUUGCAAUCCUAUAUGUUUUGAUAGCAAUUGUUUUUCUCCUAGUCCUUUUAAGAUCGUUACUAUAUCUGUGCAAUAAAGGCACUUCAUACUCAU